GUAAAAAGAAGCAUAUCUUAGAUCUGGUUUAGACAUAUUAUUGAAUUCAUCGACGUAAUACCAAGAAACUUUUAUAGCAAUUUUUUAGCAGUCUACCGACCAAAGUCGGCAACAGAUUCAAUCAAAAUCUAUCGAAAAGUCCUUAAACAUCCGUGUUCGCAUUCGAUUCUUGUUAUAUCGACACAAUUUGCUAAUAGAAUGACAAAUGUGACGACAAAUUGACGGCAAGAAACGCGCGAGCAGAAUCUGCAAUAAUCUUUCAUUUAAAUAUAUUGAAACAGCAGAUCCUGCUUAGUUUUUACCAUCAAUACGUCAUCAUACUCUGCCAUCAGAUCCUGUUGUAUAUCUGACGAAGACUUGGUCAUUCUAUGUUGGAAUUUUCGUCUUCAAUUGGACUUAAGAAUCUGUCCAGCAAAUAAGAUAAAAAAAUAUCACAAUUCACGAUGUUAAUUGAAAUGAUCGGGACUUUCGUCGUUAUUCUCACCGCAGUAUAUAUUUAUUACAAGUAUGUACUAUUCAAUUUCUGGCGCAAGAAAGGCGUAUUUUAUGUUGAGCCUGUUAUACCAACUGGCAAUAUGACUGGUUUCAUAACUGGACGAAAGACAAUAACCAGUAUUCUUCAAGAUGCCUAUGUGAAAUAUAAGGAUCAUCGUUUCUUCGGGAUGUACACAUUUUACCAGCCGAAUCUGGUGAUCGUUGAUCCCGACAUCAUUCAAAUGGUGUUAACGAAGGAAUUCUGGAGUUUCAACAGUCGUGGAACGUUCUGUAAUGAAAAAAUCGAUCCACUGUCUGCCCACUUGUUUUCGUUGCCCGGGAAAAAAUGGUGGAAUCUACGAGUUAAAUUAACACCCACCUUUACUUCGGGAAAGAUGAAGCAAAUGUUUCCGAUCAUGAUGCAGUGCAGCGAAAAUUUAUUGAAGAAUUUAACGAAUAUUAUUCACACGAACAAUGUUGUCGACAUAAAAGAAGUAUUUGCAAACUUUACGACGGAUACAAUUAUGUCCGUUGCAUUCGGAAUAGAAUCCAACUGUCUGAGGGAACGGAAUAAUGAGUUUCGACAUUGGAGGAAGAAAAUCAUGGAGACGUCGGGCUUCUGGAAUACUCUGUACAUGUUUGUACCGCAAGUUUUGGAUUUCUUUUCCAUUUCCAAUACGAACCGCGGUGUCGAGAAGUUCUUCAUAAAAUUAUUUCGAGACAAUAUAGAGUACAGAGAAGAUUACAACGUCGUCAGGCACGAUUUUAUGAAUCUACUUAUUCAACUCAUGGAGAAGGGCUAUGUUGAACCUGACGAUGAGAAGGACAAAGUCAAUAUAUCCUCUAAUACGAAUAAACUCACCAUGCUGCAAGCGACCGCGCAAGCCUUCGUCUUCUUCAUAGCCGGCUUCGAGACAUCAUCGUCGACAGCGACGUACUGUCUGUAUGAAUUAGCUCAAAAUCAGGAUAUACAAGACAAGGUCCGCCAGGAGAUCGACGAGACGUUAAAAAAGUACGGUGAAUUGACCCACGAUGCCAUGAACGAGAUGACAUAUCUUCACAAAAUAAUCAAAGAAACCACGCGGAAAUAUCCAUCCUUGCCUAGCUUGAACCGUGUCGUUACCGAGGACAUUGUUCUUCCAAUGACAAACGUUCACCUACCGAAGGGCACCUCGAUCACCAUACCAGUGUUCGCAAUGCAUCGAGACCCCGCAUUAUUCCCGGAUCCGGACAAAUUUGAUCCUGAACGUUUCAAUCCGGAUCAAGUGAAGGCGAGGCGCACUUACACAUACAUGCCGUUUGGGGGAGGACCGCGACAAUGUAUCGGUUCAAGGUUUGGUUAUAUGCAGACAAAAAUUGGAGUUAUAAACGUCAUAUCAAACUUCAAGUUCAAGUUGCAUCCCCGGACUCCGAUACCGCUUGUUUUUGAUCCAAAUGUAUUUUUACUCAUUGUCAAGGAUGGUGUACACUUCAUUUUAGAACCUCGAUAAGAUAAUCGGGCUUGUACCUUUCGCAAUAAAUUCUAACAUUAUAUAUAAUUAAUAUUCUAUUAAAAGAUAUAUAUAUAUAUAUAUAACCAAAUAUGUAAUUCUACAAUAUAAUACUUUGCAAGACGACUUCAAGCUACAUUUUUUUACACAGCCGUCAUUUCGCGUGUAAGCCGGAGUGCCAGUACGAAGAUUCAUCGGCGAGAGAAUGAAAAUGAAAAGAAGAUGAAAAAGAGGAUAAAAGAGAAAUAGGAGUUGGGACGGAGGAGAGAGACGAGAUGAGAAUAAAACUAAGCACGACACGCGUACGGUUCAAGAUGGCAACAUUUUAUUGUGCGUUUUGGCACGUGAGCUGGCAGUGACGUGUGAUCGCUGAGUCUCACGGAAGUAAAAAAGAAGAGAAGAGACGGCUUAAAGAGAGAAGCGCCGCUUCGUUGCUCAUUAGCGAGUGCGUACACUUGCGAAGGGGCGGAACACAAGAUCGCGGAUACUCGAGGCGUUUAUAACUUCGAAAACAGCUCAAUCUUCUAGAAAAAAAAAAAAAAAAAAAA